AUGGAGAUCCAUUUCGAGGGCGACGCCGAGGAAUGUCGCGCCACUGUGAAAAAGUCCAGCGAAGGCAGCUAUGUGCAGAAAGACGCGGUUCGACUCCAGAAUACGUUCAAAAAUAUGUUCAAAGCUUUCGUUGCGAAAAAAAAAUAAGAAUGUACAUGGAGGACUUUAUGAGCCGUUUGUUGUAGCAUUUUAGAUCUCUAACGCCUUUUCAAACGUUUUUAAACUUACUAGCCACCAAAAAUUCAAUUUUAAUCGUGUAAUAGAAUCGGAACUCUUGUCCUGUAAAUCAAAAAAAAAGUUAUCUUAUUUUUGAAAAAAAGUCACUUGAAAAAAAGUCGAAUAUUGAGAUAACCGCUGAAAAAAUAUGAGUUAGAUUUCUAACAAGGCUGUCGCCAAACAGUCGUUCAAAAUCUGACCUCAUUUGGCGCUGAAAAAAGUAUAUUUCUGGUAUACAUUGAUUGUUUUGAACUAGAUACACGAAAAAAGGGUGUGAAAAAUUUUCCAGUUAUGUAUGUUGUACAGGUUCUUUUCAUAGUAAAGAACCACUUUCAGAAAUUUGGGGAAGAAAAAAAAAUCAUAUUCUCACGUUUCUUGAAGUUUAAUGAAUUCUAAAAAGAAAUAGUAAAUUUUUCUCUUAAUGAAAAUAACUGUUUCAUUUUUCAACCAUUCUAUCGGAAUAACACGGUAAAAAUUGCCAGGUGCUACUGGAAUACAAAAGCUCGGACGGCACGGUCGGCAGGAUAAAAACGCCUUCAGAAGGCGUCGUCAGAUUCACCGCCGGACUUUCUAGAGGCGUCGCCUUGGUCAAGGUUUUCUAUCCUUUUUUUCCUGGGAUUCUCUUGUGAAUUUUUUUAUUUAUUUUUUUCCAUUUUUUUCCAGGGGCAAUUGAUCGCGAAAAAUCGAAGAAUGCACCCAUGCGAUCGUCAUCAAGGACAUGUGUGCAACUUGUGGAAAAAGACUUGCGACAGUAAGAUUUAUUUCUGAAAAAAAUGCGAAAUAUUUUUUUGCGACUUGAAAUUUUCCAUAGUAGCAACUUUUUACUUUUUAUAAUAUAAAUCAAAAAAACGAUUUUAGUUCGUAAACAAUAUCCAUUCGAACAAGUAGAAAAAAAUUGAAAAGAAUUGAAAAAUUUUGUGUAAGUAUGCUCGAUAGAAAGAUCCAUAGUUUGUGGUUUUUUUUUUUCGAAGAAAGCUUAUGUUCGAAGUUGAUAUGGGGUUUCAAUGCUCAAAAAAGGGCAGUUACAAUGGUUUCGUAUGUGAAUCGUCCUCAGAAGAGGCGGCCGAGCUGGCGAGCGGCUGGAAUCCUCCUCGGCCAACGUUUCCAUGAUCCAUCACGUUCCCGAACUCAUUGUUUCCGACAAGGUUUCCGUCUUUUCCGCCAAAAUUCAAAUUUUUUUCAGCUGGCGAAGGAAAUUGGCUCGCAGGACGAGAACAAUCUUCUGGCGACUCGAAAAUUGGUGCUCCUAGUCGAUUUGGAUCAGACCAUCAUUCAUACGACCAAUCGGCCGAUGAAGCUUGAUAAAAAGAAGGUGAGAAGUCGUCAGAAAAGGGGAAUCCCCCCAAGAGGUCAUUUCCGUGGGAAGUUUGCAAUUUUCUGAAGGUUCACUCAAACACUCGGAAGGUGGAGAUUGAGAUUCCUGACCUACACAAACUUUUUGCGAUGAUUUUUACGAUUUUAACACAAACUUGAAUAUUUCUUGAGAUUGAAUGUCUCAAAAACUAACAAUUUUCGCAGGUGGAAAUUUUCAUGAAAAACAAACCUUCAGGGACUUUUUGGGAAAGUCUUCAGAAAAUUCUAGACCAAAUUGACUUAUCAUCUUCUUUCUAGCUCCUGAAAGUUAUUUUUCCAAAUAAAGACAAAAAUCUGCGUGUUCAGCACUCGGAUAUUGUUCGAUACGAGCUGAUGGGCGGCAGAUACAUGACAAAACUUCGGCCCAACACGACGAACUUCCUCCAGAAGCUCAGCGCCUUGUACGAGAUGCACAUCGUGACCUUCGGCCAGCGACAGUACGCUCAUCGGAUCGCCGAGGUCAGCAGAAAACUUUGAAACUUUUAUUCCGUCUUCAGAGUAGGCUCUCUGCUGAAUCAUGGAAUAAUUGAAGAGUUGUUUGUCGGUUCGCGAUAAUGUCGUUGAUCAAGCAUAAACGGUGCGUAGAGCAUCUCGUCUCUCUUGCCAUAGUAGUAGACGAGUUUCGAGCGUUUCCGACGAUCACUGCUUCUUCAUGUAGGAACAGUAAGGCGCCCACCUUGUCUAGAGCUGGCGAGCGUCCGAUUUUAUCAGGCGAAAGCCGAAAUGAAGACGAAACACUCCGAACCUGGAAUCUCCGAAGCUCGAAAAGCGUGGAAAAACUGCAAAAUUUUCCAAAGAAAAAUUGAGCUGCAAUCUUUACUAUUUUUCAAUUUGACAUGUGCGCAGUCAACGAAUCGCAUCGAUUGAGAUGAGAUAAAGUAUGCUAAAAUUUAGGGAGUAUAUUCUUUUUUAAACAUACGGUAUCUUUGUUAUAGUAAUAUUUCUUUACAGCCAGAGCAAAAGAUCAUGUACAAAAAUGGCUUUUUCAAAAACGAGCCUGAAAUAAAUGAAUAAAAAGCACUGCCACCCUCCUAAUGUGUCUAAAAAUAAAGAGCGCAACACAUUUAGAGGCCGGGCGCCCUCUAAUAAAUACAUGGCCCCUUUAGCUUUCUCACUUUUCUCAGCCAAUCUUCAAGUACCCACUUUUCAGAAAGUUACCCGAGAAACUUCCAGAUCUUGGACCCGAAUCAGAAGAUUUUCGGACAUCGAAUUUUGUCUCGCGACGAACUUUUCUCGCCUCAACACAAAACUCGAAAUCUUCAAGCCUUAUUUCCAUGUGGAGAUAAUCUUGUAGUGAUCAUCGAUGAUCGGGCUGACGUCUGGCAAUAUUCAGAUGCUCUUGUUCUGGUAAAUUUAUCAGAGAGAUCCAAAUUUCACCUUGCAACUUUUUUUUAGAUCAAGCCUUACCGGUUUUUCAAAGAAGUUGGUGAUAUCAAUGCCCCCAGUGCGGCGAGGGGAAAGGAGCAGACGUUACCUGUCGAAAUAGGUUGAUUUUAGUUUUUAUCUCAUUUCUCAUAAGAUGAGUAAUUAUUCAGAAGAUGAAGCUCACAAAGACAACAUCCUGGAAGAAAUGGAGAAAGUCCUGACGAAUAUCCAUUGCAAAUAUUACGAACUUCACGAUGCCAAGCCCAGCAGCGAUCCCUUGUAUGACGUGAAGGUAAGAGACAAAAAUAGUAUUAUUUUGUUCCAUUUGUGGUCGCAAAUGAAAUGGCUCCCUGAAAUGGCCUUCGGUUGUAUUUUUGCAACAGUUGAACUUUUUUUUUUCGAUUCCGUCCUCUAGCCAGAACCUUUCAUACAGAAACUGAAUAAAAACCUACAAUGUAUUUUUUUUAUUCCCCGAUUGUGGGAAUAAUGAAACGUAGGAACUCAUAAAAUCUUGUUAAAGUUUUCCGAGAACGAAUUUUCAAAUUAAGAAGGUGUUUUCGAAAAGUUUCCCGUUUUCUUAAUGCUUCUUAAUAAUUGCGAAAAUUUGAAAGGUUUUCUGAUUCUAUUUCACGAAUGUUUCCCUCACAUUCGCCUUUAAUUCCAGUUUUAAAACCUUGAAUUUUUCUUGUUAUAAACGGAAAUAAAAAGGCUGUUCGGAUCUUCAUUAUAACAUUGAAAGGCAUAACCGAAAUCUGAUUCUCCAGAGUGUGAUAAAUCGUGAACGACGAAAGAUUUUGGACGGAGUCAACAUUGUGAUGUCCGGAAUAGUACCUGUUGGAGAAGCGAUGGAAAACACGGAGGCCUAUCGUCUCGCCGUUCAAUUCGGAGCUGCGGUUUUCAACUCUCCUCCUUCUUCUAUUUUGUUGAUUUCAGGUCGCUGCAACUGUUUCGCCUUCUGUGACGCACGUUGUUGCUGCGCGGUGGGGCACGAAGUCCGUUUUUUUCUAUUUCAUGAUUUUUUGACCAGUUGUGGUUGAUCUUUCCUGAAAGAUUUUGAAAGAAGUAUGGAAAAUUAGAAAAUCAGCCGAAAAAAGUUUGACUGUCCAAACUUCUGCGUUUUUGUCAAAAAUUCAAUAAGUAUGUGAUAAGAUGAUAUACUUUUGAUGCCGCAACGCGUGAAUUUGCGUUGAAAUGGAACUGCUCUGAGAAUCUUUUUGAGAGUCAUAUAAGCUAUUUUAUUUAUUCGACUCACAAGGAAAGUGUCUGGGGUGAACAUCGCAGAUCUGCUCCAAACUUCUGUGGUAGAUGUUCCCAGGUAUGAAUACUCUAAAAUGAAGAGAAAUAUCUGCUAACCAGGAAACGUUUUUUACCCCCCGGUUGAACUUUCGCUGAAACUUUGCUCGAGUGUACUUUAGGACCUCCUGAUUCCAGAACAAGAAAAACAUUUCUCGCAAUAGAUCUGGUUUCUGAGUUUUGGAGCUUCAAAGUGUGCAAAAUACGCAAAUUAGGCCAAAAAAGCGCUAUUUCGGGCUUUUGAAGUGUCCUAACUCGAAAACGAGAUCUAUUGCGAGAAAUUUUUUUCUUGUUCUGGAAUCAGGAGGUCCUAAAGUACACUUCAGCAAAGUUUCAGCAAAAGUUCAACCGAGGGGUAAAAAACGUUCCCUAGUAAGCGCCUUAGAGUGUUGGGAAACAGCCUGUCGAAAAUGUACAGGAAAAGCUCAAAAGCUGAUUUUCUUUGGUUUUUCGAUUUCUUAAACUUCUACUUGUAUUCACUUCAUAUUUCUGCAUUAUAAAAAAAAACAAAAAAUAAUAAUAAAGCACGAAAAUUACGAAAAAAAAAAUCAAGAAAAAUGGCUCUUUUAAAUUAGUAAGCGAAAAAAAAAAACCGAAUUCGUUUUUGAGCUUUUCCUGUACAUUCUUGACAUGCUAUUUAUCCUAAGGCGCUUAGCAGAUAGUUCUCUUUGUUUUCGAAAACACAUACUACCUACAAACAGAAGUUUGGACCGUAUCGGUGGUAUGAAAAAAAGGACCAGCGAAAAUUCAAACGACGACUUUUCCGAUUUUUUCAUUUCGCUAGGGAACUUUCCGACGGCCACCUUUCCGACGAAUCCCUUUCCGACUUUUUUCCCUUAUAUUUUUCGGUUUAUAAAACAUCUAUAAAUAUUUUUUUCCUAUUUCUUUGUGUUUUAUUCAUGAACCAACUACCUACUUUAUAUAGGAAGAUUUAAAACGAAGAUUUUAUCGAGAAAAAAAGUCGGAAAAAGAUUCGUCGGAAAGGUGGCCGUCGGAAAGUUCCCUAGCGAUAUGAAAAAAUCGGAAAAGUCGCCGUUUGAAUUUUCGCUGGUCUUUUUUUCAUACCACCCCGUAUCUGCGAUGUUCACUUCACACACUUCUCUUGUCAAACACAAAUAUACAUAAUUCCAUUUUCUCUUAAUCGUUUUUUUUUUCAUUUCAGCAAAGUUUACGCGGCGAAGAAACUCGGAAUUCACGUCGUGUCUGUCUUUUGGCUCUAUGCUUGCGUUGAGAAAUGGGCCAAGGUAAGAGUAAUUUGAUCAGUUGACUGCAAAUCGAACGGCUCUUUUUAGGUAGAGGAAGAAGCGUUCGAAAUGACAGAGGACACGGUAGCGCCGAAGGGCCGGCCCUUGGGAAGCAAAUUUAUCGAUUUGGCCAAUGUUAGCACUAUCGGCAAAAAUGCCAUUGCCGAUAUGAACUCCGAGGUUUUCUAGGUUCCUUUGUAGAUUGAUUUGAAGGGAGAGAAAAACCGAGAAAGCUAUUGUUUUGCAAAUGCCCCUGACAAGGAAGGUCAUUUCUUUUUGGUUGGGAUCAUCAUUAUAGCUGCAUUAUACGAGCAACUGGAAAACUGCCAGACGUUCAAACAAAUUUGACAGCAUAGAUCCUUCAUUAUCACCUUUUUUUGAAAUUUUUUUUUUUUAAACUUCAAUAUGCUGUUUUCAAGAAAUUUAAGAAAAGAAAUCCUCUGGAUGUCACUGGUAAAGUUUUUUUUUCAAAAAAACAUUUUGCUUCAAUGAAUUUUCUCCCUGUUUAUGAGAUGAAAUUCAGAAUUACGUUUUAAAAAAACGGAGUACUGAGCAAAAAAGUAGCGACCCCGCAAAUGGGCGGGCCUUGGCGGCCCCUAGCUAUAGUACUCCCUAGACGUAGGUUCUCUACGCAAACAUUGUCUCUACGCAGAAUUGCAUUCUGAAAAAUUGGAAACUGUGUUUAAAAUCUAAUGAGGUCUUUCGUAGCUUUUCGGUGCCUAUCUGCUUUCUUUUAUGGUGUACUAUUCAAAAUAACCAAAAAUCCAUCAAUUAGUGCCUUCUAAAGUUUUCAUCCGCAAGUGCGUCAAGAUUAAUCUUUUUUCAAAGAAAUAACAUGUUUUCUUCCCACAACAGGUUGACGAGGCUUUGUCUGAAGACGAUGAAGACGAAGAAGAAGAUGACGAGCCGUCAAGCAGCGGCGAGUCCAGCAAGCCAGUUGCAAGUCAGAAGACGUCGGAUCAGGCUCCUGAAUUACGAACUCCAGUCAAGCACAAGACCGACGACGGCGACGAGGCUGAAUCGGCGAAGAGGCGCAAGCACGCGCCCGAAGAAGAGUAUGAGAGCUCUCCUGAAGUGAGAUUCUCAUUCUUAAGUUCCACCAUCUUCUCAUUGGUUUUCAGGAGUCUGAUGACGACAACGAACCUCCGAUGAGCUACCGCAAGCUCGUUUCCAAGUCGAAAAGAGAGGGGCGGAUGGUUGAACAAGAGGAAAAGCUGGAAGUCGAGGAGUUCGCUCCGAAGACGUCUGGAAACGAGGAAGACUCUGAAGAGGAAGCCAAAGAAGACGUCGAGUCGGAUGACGUCAGCGGCGGGUCGACCGAAGACGAAGACGACGAGGAGAUGGACAGCAUGGCGGCUCUCAUCGAGAGGCAGAUCAGCGGCGUCGAAGACCCGUCUUGA